AUGUUUGCAUUUACAACACUAUUCUUUCGAGCGCUACUGGUCUACGCAGAAUUGGCGACUGCAAUUUUCCAAAACCUGUUCGUCGUUCCCUCAUCCUCCACAGAGACUUCCAGAUCUACUGUUAGGAGACGGAAAGGCAAAAGUGCACCCGUCAGAAAACGCAUCUCGCGAGAGAACAGCGCCGCCAGCGGCUCAUCUAAUGGUGGCUCCUCCACUCCAAGGGCCGCCGAGGCUAUCGGUCUAGGAGCCUACGGCGGCGGCGAACCGACCCGGGACUUCGAAGGCGUUGGUGGCUGGAGAAUGCCCGGUCCCGAUGAAGACGAUGUGCUCUGGACUCAAAUGAACUCUCGUCUCGAGUUGCCUGCCGCCGGCGACGAUCGCUACAGACAUCACCGUCGAUCGACGACCUCAAGCGGCCUUACAGAAAACCCAUGGCAGUGGAAAAGUCCUUCCGAAUCCCCGGCCGUCAAAAUCGACAACGAGUUUGGAUACGGCGAACAUUGGGAGGACCAUACUGAGGCAUAA